GGGAAAUGGGCUAUUAUAAGCUACAAUAAAGUGAAGACCUAUAUACGAGCGACAACAUUUUGCUGUUGGGCAGGGAGAGGGGAAACGUGGAGCGGCUGCGGUGUGAACAUAAGAACAUGGGGAAACUGCAAGAGGCCGGGUGGCCUACACAGGGCUGCUCCAGAAUCCCCCCCACUACUCACGAUGGCAACACAGAUAUGCACACCAUGGAAGAAGAACAUACCAUAAGAGGAGGAGGAGCAUUGGAAAGGGACUGGGCUGACUGGGUGGGAGACUGUGGGAGUUGGUGGUCAGUGUUAGAAUCUCCCAUAAGGAACAUCAAGCCUCAGCCCCACUCAUCACCUUCACCACUCCCCUCACCACCUUCACCUCCUCAGCAGUAUAGUCCUCAGCAUGAUCCUGCAGAGAAGGAAGAGGAGGAGAAGGAAAGGGAAAAGAAGGUUAAGGAAUAUACCGCAGUUAUCAUUAAUACUCUAAAGGUAAACAAGCAGCAGAUGUGUGAGUGGCUGGGUGGUGGUGGUUCUCCUUCACUUGUGUGUGUUGAGGACAUCCCUUGGUGCAGGUGUGUGAUGAUGCUGACUCCUCGCUGCCUGCCACACACACACCACGCCACACCGCCCCAACCACCACCACCACCGCCGGACAGCUGCGCUAUAGAAGAUUUGUGUCGUGCUUGGCAUGGACGCCUGUUUCCUGUGAAAACAUCACUGUGCGGACUGCUGGUGAGUGAGGUGGUGGACUGCUUGGUGCCAGAGAAGGAGCAGCAGGCACUCCUCACACACCACUCACCUCUCCAGGCCACCAAGAAGAGGAGGAAGACAUAUGGGAGUGCUGUGAUUGAAAAUGGAAGUGAGAAGAUUGUGGAAGACAUUACGCCGGACAGGAAGGGAGAGUUUGGUGAUGAAAAGUCAGUGAUGUCAAACAAGAAAGAGGGUGAUGACCUUGGUGAGGCAAGAUUAGUCACACCAAAGGAUAUCACUGGGUUAGGUAAACAAGUAAAGGAAGAUAUGAAGAGAAGAAAGGCAUCAGGACCGCUCACUAAUGAAAACCUGAUGAAAGGAAGGAAUACCAAGAUAGGGAGAACCACCAGCCAGCAAGACCCACAAGAGUUUAGUGAUGGAAUAGGAUCAAGGCAAGCACCGGGACUGUUCAACAAAGCACAGGUAAUGAAGGAAAGCGAGGUCAAGGCAAAAUCACAAAAGAUAAAGGGACUUGCCAAACAGGUAGACUUAGAUGAGGUUGAUGAAGGAAUAACAGUAACUCAAGCACCGCGACUGCUCACCAAACCAAACAAGAAUGAAAAUACGGCUACAGGAACAUGGCAAAGGAGAACAACCAGAAUCAAACUACCAAAUAUACAAAAAGACCAGCUUGAUAGAAGUCAGGUAAUUGCCACCAACUUAACGAACCUCAAGCAACAGGAUCACCACUACCAUCAGGACCAAGCAACACCAAGGCAAACCAUCACCAAGUCCUCACCAGUACCUUCAUCAGACAUACCUCAUCUCCUACCCUUUCUUCACGCCAAGUUUAAGAGUAAUGCCUUGCCCUCAAGAAAGCCAAGUACCAGUAGUGGCGAUGAUGAUGGACCUGUCAGAUGUACCGAGCAAGAGAGAGAGAAGGAGGAGGAAGAGGAGCUGAAGAAAAAAGGGCAGGCUGAAAAAGAGGAUGAGAAAGAACAUGAAGAGGAGGAGAAAACUGAAGAAGAGAAAGAACAUGAGAAAAUAGAGGGAGAGAAACAACUUGAUGAGGAGAAGAAUGAGGAAAAGAAAGAAAAUGAGAAGGAAAUAGAGAAAGCUGAACAAGAGGAAGAGGAGAAAACUGAAAAAGGAAAAGAAAAUAAGGAAGUUGAAGAGAAAGAGAAAGAAGAGAGGAAGAUAGAGGAAGCUGAACAAGAGGGAGAAAAAGAACAGGAACAUGAGACAAAAGAAUUUAAAAAGGAACAAAAUGAGAAUGAAACUACAAACCAGAAGGAGAAAGAAGAAACUAAAGAAGAGAAGAAGGAGGAGGAGGAGGCAGAACAAGACAACAAAGAGGAAGAGAAAGAAGGAGAGAGGAAAACGGAGGGAGAGAAAGAACAGCAAAAUAAGAAGUUCAAAAAGGGACAAAAUGAAGAUGAAACUAAGAAUGAAACAGAGAAAGAAGAAACUAAACAAGAGAAGGAGGAGGAGGCAGAACAAGACAACAAAGAGGAAGAGAAAGAAAAAGAGAGGAAAACGGAGGGAGAGAAAGAACAGGAAAACGAGGAGGAGGAGUUCAAAAAGGAACAAAAUGAAGAUGAAACUAAGAACGAAACAGAGAAGGAGGAAGAGGAGGAGGAGGAGGAGGAGGAGGUAGAAGAAGACGACAAAGAGGAAGAAAAGAACCAGGAUAAGGGAGUGCCAAACAGCAGGUGGCGAGAGAUGCUUGCUUGGCACCAACAGAAAAAGUACGUCCAAUACCUAGAGAGGCACAGUGACCCUAGAAUACCACCGUGGACAGGAUUCUUGGUGUCGAAGUCAGCACCACCGUCAGGAGUGUUGGCCCCCACUACCGAGCCCUUCCUCUCCUAUGGUUCAAUGGGUGUUGCCAGUGUCCUUGCUGUGAUGUCCCUUUCCUUAGGCCCAGGGGAUGCAUUGCUGGACUUGUGUGCUGCUAACGGAUAUCAUACAUUGCUGGCAGCACUCCACAUGAAGGACAGAGGGUUGGUAGUGAGCAAUCUCCUCACCUGCCAAAGUCUCCCAGGUGUGCAGGAGGUCAUUAGCACGUGUGGCCUUACCUGUGUGCUCAUCACCAGGCUGCACCUCCUACGUCUGCCCCAGGUUCUACGAGACACCUUCACUCAUGUUCUCGUCAACGCUCCCUGUGGUGGAAGUGACGAUCGUGAUGGUUGUGGUGGUGUGACUCCCGGCAGCCAUGUGUGGUUCCUUCAGCAAUGUUUAGUGGCUGGUCUGGAUGCUCUGAGGCCUGGCGGUGUGCUGGUCUACCUCACAGCUUCUGGCAGGGUGGAGGACAAUGAGGCCAUCGUAGAACACGUUAAGCAGUGCCGACCAGCAGAGGUGCUGCCCCUGGCACCCCCCACACUGCCUGCAGCUGUCUGUGAAAGCAUCAGAUUUGAAUCUGGUGUGAGCGGGUGUUUGCGUGUCAUCUCUAGCCAGCCAGGAAGUGGUGUGUCCUGCCUCACCAAGCUCAAGAAGGUUACAUGAGCUGUGCAAGGGGCGGCAGCCAUGGCAAGUGACGUGGCAAAACCUGGGAUGUGAUGGACUGUGAGGUGUGUGUCCUGCCUCACCAAGUUCAAGAAGGUGAUGUGAGGCUGUGCAGGGGGCGACAGCCUUCACCUGGCAGCCACGCCAAGUGACGAGGGAGCACCAGGGGAUAUGACAGACUGUGAGGUGUGUGUCCUGCCUCACCAAGCUCAAGAAGGUGAUGUGAGGCUGUGCAAGGGGUUGCAACCUUCACCUGGCAGCCACGGCAGGUGACGAGGCAACACCAGGAAUGUGAUAGACUGUGACGUAAGGAAGAUGCUUAUUGUUCUUGCUGUUUUUUUAUUUUUUUUUAUUUUUUUUAUUUUUUUUAUUAGGUAUUAUUAUUUUUAUUAUUAUUAUUAUUGUUGUUGUUGUCAUUGACUUGGCUUUUCCCUUGCUUAUGUAAGGAAUAAACUUCUUCAUUGAAAAGGUACCUUUUCAUUUAUUUGUACUUAUUAUCACUUGCAGGAAUUUAUAUAUACUUUAGUUCUGUGUUACUUAUCAUAUUAUAUUAUGAUUUAUUUUCACACACACACACACACACACACACACACACACACACACACACACACACACACACACACACACACAGGGAUCAAUGAUAAACACACCAAAGAUACACUCCAGUGCAGUGGUGGGCAUGGUUCCAUUAAUCCGCUAACACUAAUUAGCAAAGUUGACUUUUUCGUCAGCUGAUUAGCGUUUUCCCUAGCGUUAGAAACAGCUAGCGGACCAAUUAGCUUCCGCUAAAUGUAGUUCCUCCUCCGCUAAUGAAAUCCACUAAAAAAUUCAUACAAGUUUGUUCUUGUCUUUCUGCACUGGUAUAGCAAGUUCAUAUAAAGGCAUAAAUAAAGUGUAUGUUGAAUUUAAUUUGUUUAUAUGUGUACACCUUAUCUUCAUCUGAUUUUGGCAUGCUAUACCUUUCUGGAAAGCUCUAUGUCUAAGCUACAACAUAUUGCAAUUUCAUGUCACUAGGUGUGUUCUUUCAGCUGUGCUUAUAGCGAGUAUCCUGCAUUUGCCUCUAGAUUGUAGUCCAUAUGUACAGUCCCUUAUGUCUGCUCCCUUGACUAAAUCAAGGCCUUUAUUUUUUUUUAGCACUUGUCCCCCACCAUUGUAUCUUUUUAGUUUCCUGGUGCUACUUCCACAUGUAUCCUUAGUUGUAUAAUCACACUCUGUACUGCCUGGGGGUUGGGAUGGCAUGCUCCUCCCUUCUCCUUUGUUGUUUUACUUGCAACAAUAAACAAUCAAUCAAUCAA